GUUUCUAAUCCUAAAGAAGUAAAAGCCUUGUUUGGUGUUGCAGUAGAGAAUUCUCCCGGGGAAGAACACUCUUGCGUUAUUGACUUCAAUCUCUCCACAGAGACAGGAAACAAGGAAGGGGUUCUAACCAGGUGGUUCAGAUGGCCAGUAGGCCAACUCGGUCAACACGAGGAGCUUUUCAGAGGAACAAGCCCAGUUACACACGAUCGGAUCAGGAACAGGCAAGGGCAAAGUGGACAACACCCUUGACAAACACACUUGUAGACUUGAUGGUUGAGGAGGUUGUGAAAGGAAAUAAGCAAAACAAUUCAUUUGGAAAGAUAGCAUGGAAGAACAUCUGUGAUGAAUUUAACAAUAAAACGGGUCUGAAAUGGGAGAAUGAGCGAUUGAAGAAUCGUUAUGCUGUUCUUAGGAAGCAGUACAAUACUACGGAGUCACUUCUUGACCUUAAUGACUUUACAUGGGAUGAAUCCAGGCAGGUUGUUGUGGCGACAGAUGAAGUUUGGGACACAUACAUCAAGGAGCAUCCUGAUGCUGAGACAAUUAGAGCAAAUGGGUGUCCGUUCUACAAACAACUAAGCAUUAUAUUUCUGGACUCACGAACAAAUGGAAAUGUCAAUUCAGCAAAACAACUGGUUAAAACGGAGGAGGUCCCAUGUCAUAGAAGUACAGGGUUAACUAUUGAUACAGGAGAACCAUUGGUGCUUUCGGGAGACAAGUCUUUGUCAACCUCAGACGAAGACCGGGUGAUUGAACCAGUUGAGAGGAAUAAACGACAGUUUACAAAGCCUUCAACUCCGGGGAACAAGAAAUCUUGCGUGCCAAUUGAAGAUGUGAUGAUCAAAGCUAUACUAGAGAUGGCAGCAUCAUCAAAGUUGAGGGCAGCUGCCGUAAGAGAAGGCGAGGAUAGAUUUUCUAUAACAAAUUGUGUUAAAGCAUUGGAUGAAAUGCAAGGGUCUAUUUACUUCUAUGCUGAUGUAGCACUUGUAAGCUCCAUGUCUGGGAUCCAUCGUGUCAGGAGUGCUCUUAUUUGGUUAAGCUCGCAGGGGAGCAUGGCUUCAGCGUGGUUGUCCCCCCAUCCUAACCCCUCCGCAAACACUUCAUAUUUGAAGUAAAAAGCUUGGUAUAGUCUGUCAGAGAAAAAGAAUUUUACAGAUAACUUGGAUAGUAUGAUUUUAGAGGAACAAUGUAAAAAAAAAAAUAUUGUGUAUAAAAACUGUCGAAAGGUAAUUAUCAUUUACACA